CAACCGCCAUUGAAUCAGUGUGAUUGGUGCCGUAGUGCAACAAGCAAGACGUGUCAUUCCGUGCCGAAAACGAGCGUUUUGAUUAUUAUUUUGGCCUAUCGAUGAACGCGCAAAUGUCGAGUCCAGAAGAAAGUAAAUUAAAAGGUGGACAUGCUCCCGCGGUGAAAGCAGGCGGAAUGAGAAUUACCCAGCAUAAAACACCAAAAGAGGAACGUGAAAUAAAGCCAGUUAAGGAUGUCGAUGAAAAUAAACCGUCGAGUAGCCCGCCUAAAACCCUGAUGAUCAGUGGAUUCCCUGCAAAGGGAAAUGCAGAUUUUCCUCCAGAGGCUGUGCAAGUCUUCCAUGAAAAGCCUAUACCAACUCAUGAUGCACGUCCAGCACACAGUUCACGUCCCAUCAUCAUUCAACAGCCAAGGAAAUGAACAAUAUGCAUAUUGUUUGUCAACUGAGGGCUACCAGGGAGAAUGUUAGCCUAUAUACUCCUGCAUUAAAUUAAAAAGAAAAAGAAAACAAAAAAAAGAAUGAUAAAUAUAUAUAUGUACGUGUACUUAAAAGUUUCUCUGGGGACACUAGGAUUUUGUGCAUCUACAAUUUCCUAGACACACCCAAGUUUGUCAUCCAAGAAGCUUUGGUUUCAUGCAACAUGAAACAAAGUACCUCGCGAGAGUUUAUUACUGUUAUUAAGAGAAAAGAUGAAUUUAUUUUUAAAAGAGUGCCACGAGAAUUCCUGUACCGGCAUUUAAACGAACGACUUACUCUGUUUCUUUCAAAAUAUUGCUCAUCUUAUCGCAUGUACGAAAGUUGUUAUAUCGGUAGCACGCUUUUAUCUCGAUUCUGUAACUAAGAUGCUUUAUCAAGAGCGUUAUGGUAGAAUAUUUGUAACAGUCUUCGGGGACCAGUUAUGCAUUUCAAGUUGUAGUUUUCGAUAAAGCUAUAUCACUAUAGCUAUAUCACUACUGUAUUUUUCUUGUAGUUUUCCACAUUUUAACCCUCGGUCGAUCCUAGGUGUCGUAGGAAAUUCAAUCGACCCGUAACACGUAGGUUUUCACUAAAGAAACCAUACUACUUUGCGAGUGUUAACGUUAAGCGUGUAAAUGUCGUACGAGAUUCGUAACGUUGGCCACAGUUUGUACGAGACAUGAAGA